ACUCGGUUCGCUUACGUCUCGGCGAGUGCGAGUGAGAACCGCAUACCGCUCCGGCGCGACGUCCUCACACUGUGUUCGGCGGUCGUCGUUAAAUUUUCCCGUCGACCUAACGAUAUUGUCGUUAUUUUGUUCAGGGUUUUGACGUACACUGAGUACGUUACACAACGGUCGAUAUUGUACAUUAUUUCCUUUAAUAUGUUUCGUGUUUCCAUAAAUUAUGUGCAAAACGUCGUCGUGCGCCAGUUGUAAUCCAUCGGACUCCGAACUAUGGGCAAAAAAUCUGCCCUGGUCCUGUACCCGCUGACCAAACUCACGGGGAUCUUGCGAAAGCACAUCUCGGAACGUGGUUUCCGUGUUUCCAUAUCCAUGGGAUUAGUUAUAAGUACUACAUUAAUAGUGGUAUUAGGAAACUAUUGGAAACGAAGAAAGUAUUCUCGAGAAUCUGCACCAGUUAUAAAAAAUUAUUCCUACGACAAGAGAAAAGCUAAUGUUGAUGUACCUUCAGUAUCUAGUUUUCGAAUUUUUAGAACUAGCCAUAGAUCACAAAGUCCAAGCAUCAAAUCCACCAAUCGGCAAACAUCUGUAUUAUCUUCAACUCAAGAUUAUCCAAGUCAUUGUAAAUCCUCAGAAGUUAAGUAAACUGCACCUCCACAACUAGGGGUAAUGGGAAUGGAAUCUUUAGCAUGCAGUAUAUCAUUUUGGGAAGAUGCAUUGACAGCAUUUUCUAGCAAUAAUUCAAUAUAAUGGUAUCCAAUAAACUUAUGUCCACUGAAGAUUCUCAAUUUUGUAAGGAACUUCAACUGCUAGUGGAUUCUGCUUAUUCAUUGCAAGAUCAGUGUCAAUUACUUUUUUAGAUCAAAGGUCAGUAUUAUUUCGUGUUCAACAAAAUGGAAAUGGGUGAAACAUUAAAGUUUGAUGAUUGUCGUUCGUCAGUAGAUAGUUUUGUAUCGGCGCGCACAGAUAAUGGACUGGAAACGAACAACCAGUGAUGGUGAACUGGGAUGCUUAAGAGGACGUUGCA